AUGCCUCAAAUCCAUUUGAUACCUCGAGAGACACGCAGAGUUCACUGCUUCAAAAGGCCCAAGACGUAUGCCAACUUUCCAGAAACACAGAAAGAGGAGGCUUCUUUCAACAAUAGGCCCAAGACGUAUGCCAACUUUCCAGAAACACCGAAAGAGGAGGCUUCUUUCAACAAUAGGCCCAAGACGUAUGCCAACUUGCCAGAAACACCGAAAGAGGAGGCUUCUCUCAGUGAUAAGCCCAAGACGUAUGCCAACUUUCCAGAAACACAGAAAGAGGAGGCUUCUUUCAACAAUAGGCCCAAGACGUAUGCCAACUUUCCAGAAACACCGAAAGAGGAGGCUUCUUUCAACAAUAGGCCCAAGACGUAUGCCAACUUGCCAGAAACACCGAAAGAGGAGGCUUCUCUCAGUGAUAAGCCCAAGAUGUAUGCCAACUUUCCAGAAACACCGAAAGAGGAGGCUUCUUUCAACAAUAGGCCCAAGACGUAUGCCAACUUGCCAGAAACACCGAAAGAGGAGGCUUCUCUCAGUGAUAAGCCCAAGAUGUAUGCCAACUUUCCAGAAACACCGAAAGAGGAGGCUUCUUUCAACAAUAGGCUCAAGACGUAUGCCAACUUUCCAGAAACACCGAAAGAGGAGGCUUCUCUCAGCAAUAGGCUCAAGACGUAUGCCAACUUUCCAGAAACACCGAAAGAGGAGGCUUCUCUCAGCGAUAGGCUCAAGACGUAUGCCAACUUUCCAGAAACACCGAAAGAGGAGGCUUCUCUCAGCGAUAGGCUCAAGACGUAUGCCAACUUUCCAGAAACACCGAAAGAGGAGGCUUCUCUCAGCAAUAGGCUCAAGACGUAUGCCAACUUUCCAGAAACACCGAAAGAGGAGGCUUCUCUCAGCAAUAGGCUCAAGACGUAUGCCAACUUUCCAGAAACACCGAAAGAGGAGGCUUCUCUCAGCAAUAGGCUCAAGACGUAUGCCAACUUUCCAGAAACACCGAAAGAGGAGGCUUCUCUCAGCGAUAGGCCCAAGACGUAUUCCAACUUUCGAGAAGCACCUCAAGAGGAGGCUUCUCUCAGCAACUGGCUCAAGACGUAUGCCAACUUUCCAGAAACACCGAAAGAGGAGGCUUCUCUCAGCAAUAGGCUCAAGACGUAUGCCAACUUUCCAGAAACACCGAAAGAGGAGGCUUCUCUCAGCAAUAGGCUCAAGACGUAUGCCAACUUUCCAGAAACACCGAAAGAGGAGGCUUCUCUCAGCGAUAGGCUCAAGACGUAUGCCAACUUUCCAGAAACACCGAAAGAGGAGGCUUCUCUCAGCGAUAGGCUCAAGACGUAUGCCAACUUUCCAGAAACACCGAAAGAGGAGGCUUCUCUCAGCGAUAGGCUCAAGACGUAUGCCAACUUUCCAGAAACACCGAAAGAGGAGGCUUCUCUCAGCAAUAGGCUCAAGACGUAUGCCAACUUGCCAGAAACACCGAAAGAGGAGGCUUCUCUCAGCGAUAGGCUCAAGACGUAUGCCAACUUUCCAGAAACACCGAAAGAGGAGGCUUCUCUCAGCAAUAGGCUCAAGACGUAUGCCAACUUUCCAGAAACACCGAAAGAGGAGGCUUCUCUCAGCGAUAGGCUCAAGACGUAUGCCAACUUUCCAGAAACACCGAAAGAGGAGGCUUCUCUCAGCAAUAGGCUCAAGACGUAUGCCAACUUUCCAGAAACACCGAAAGAGGAGGCUUCUCUCAGCGAUAGGCUCAAGACGUAUGCCAACUUUCCAGAAACACCGAAAGAGGAGGCUUCUCUCAGCAAUAGGCUCAAGACGUAUGCCAACUUUCCAGAAACACCGAAAGAGGAGGCUUCUCUCAGCAAUAGGCUCAAGACGUAUGUCAACUUUCCAGAAACACCGAGAGAGGAGGCUUCUCUUAGCAAUAGGCUCAAGACGUAUGCCAACUUUCCAGAAACACCGAAAGAGGAGGCUUCUCUCAGCAAUAGGCUCAAGACGUAUGCCAACUUUCCAGAAACACCGAAAGAGGAGGCUUCUCUCAGCAAUAGGCUCAAGACGUAUGCCAACUUUCCAGAAACACCGAAAGAGGAGGCUUCUCUCAGCAAUAGGCUCAAGACGUAUGCCAACUUUCCAGAAACACCGAAAGAGGAGGCUUCUCUUAGCAAUAGGCUCAAGACGUAUGCCAACUUUCCAGAAACACCGAAAGAGGAGGCUUCUCUUAGCAAUAGGCUCAAGACAUAUGCCAACUUUCCAGAAACACCGAAAGAGGAGGCUUCUCUCAGCAAUAGGCUCAAGACGUAUGCCAACUUUCCAGAAACACCGAAAGAGGAGGCUUCUCUUAGCAAUAGGCUCAAGACGUAUGCCAACUUUCCAGAAACACCGAAAGAGGAGGCUUCUCUUAGCAAUAGGCUCAAGACGUAUGCCAACUUUCCAGAAACACCGAAAGAGGAGGCUUCUCUCAGCAAUAGGCUCAAGACGUAUGCCAACUUUCCAGAAACACCGAAAGAGGAGGCUUCUCUCAGCAAUAGGCUCAAGACGUAUGCCAACUUUCCAGAAACACCGAAAGAGGAGGCUUCUCUUAGCAAUAGACUCAACACUUAUGCCAACUUUCCAGAAACACCGAAAGAGGAGGCUUCUCUAAGCAAUAGGCUCAAGACGUAUGCCAACUUUCCAGAAACACCGAAAGAGGAGGCUUCUCUCAGCAAUAGGCUCAAGACGUAUGCCAACUUUCCAGAAACACCGAAAGAGGAGGCUUCUCUCAGCAAUAGGCUCAAGACGUAUGCCAACUUUCCAGAAACACCGAAAGAGGAGGCUUCUCUCAGCAAUAGGCUCAAGACGUAUGCCAACUUUCCAGAAACACCGAAAGAGGAGGCUUCUCUUAGCAAUAGGCUCAAAACUUAUGCCAACUUUCCAGAGACACCGAGAGAGGAGGCUUCUCUUAGCAAUAGGCUCAAGACGUAUGCCAACUUUCCAGAAACACCGAAAGAGGAGGCUUCUCUUAGCAAUAGGCUCAAGACGUAUGCCAACUUUCCAGAAACACCGAAAGAGGAGGCUUCUCUCAGCAAUAGGCUCAAGACGUAUGCCAACUUUCCAGAAACACCGAAAGAGGAGGCUUCUCUCAGCAAUAGGCUCAAGACGUAUGCCAACUUUCCAGAGACACCGAGAGAGGAGGCUUCUCUUAGCAAUAGGCUCAAAACUUAUGCCAACUUUCCAGAGACACCGAGAGAGGAGGCUUCUCUUAGCAAUAGGCUCAAGACGUAUGCCAACUUUCCAGAAACACCGAAAGAGGAGGCUUCUCUCAGCAAUAGGCUCAAGACGUAUGCCAACUUUCCAGAAACACCGAAAGAGGAGGCUUCUCUCAGCAAUAGGCUCAAGACGUAUGCCAACUUUCCAGAAACACCGAAAGAGGAGGCUUCUCUCAGCAAUAGGCUCAAGACGUAUGCCAACUUUCCAGAAACACCGAAAGAGGAGGCUUCUCUCAGCAAUAGGCUCAAGACGUAUGCCAACUUUCCAGAAACACCGAAAGAGGAGGCUUCUCUCAGCAAUAGGUUCAAGACGUAUGCCAACUUUCCAGAAACACCGAAAGAGGAGGCUUCUCUCAGCAAUAGGUUCAAGACGUAUGCCAACUUUCCAGAAACACCGAAAGAGGAGGCUUCUCUCAGCAAUAGGCUCAAGACGUAUGCCAACUUUCCAGAAACACCGAAAGAGGAGGCUUCUCUCAGCAAUAGGCUCAAGACGUAUGCCAACUUUCCAGAAACACCGAAAGAGGAGGCUUCUCUCAGCAAUAGGCUCAAGACGUAUGCCAACUUUCCAGAAACACCGAAAGAGGAGGCUUCUCUCAGCAAUAGGCUCAAGACGUAUGCCAACUUUCCAGAAACACCGAAAGAGGAGGCUUCUCUCAGCAAUAGGCUCAAGACGUAUGCCAACUUUCCAGAAACACCGAAAGAGGAGGCUUCUCUCAGCAAUAGGCUCAAGACGUAUGCCAACUUUCCAGAAACACCGAAAGAGGAGGCUUCUCUCAGCAAUAGGCUCAAGACGUAUGCCAACUUUCCAGAAACACCGAAAGAGGAGGCUUCUCUCAGCAAUAGGCUCAAGACGUAUGCCAACUUUCCAGAAACACCGAAAGAGGAGGCUUCUCUCAGCGAUAGGCUCAAGACGUAUGCCAACUUUCCAGAAACACCGAAAGAGGAGGCUUCUCUCAGCAAUAGGCUCAAGACGUAUGCCAACUUUCCAGAAACACCGAAAGAGGAGGCUUCUCUCAGCGAUAGGCCCAGGACGUAUGCCAACUUUCCAGAAGCACCUCAGGAGGACGCUUCUCUCAACAAUAGGCAGAAGACGUAUGCCAACUUGCCAGAAACACCGAAAGAGAAGGCUUCUCUCAGCGAUAAGCUCAAGACGUAUGUCAACUUUCCAGAAACACCGAAAGAGGAGGCUUCUCUCAGCGAUAGGCUCAACACUUAUGCCAACGUUCCAGAACCACCGAAAGAGGAGGCUUCUCUCAGCAAUAGGCUCAAGACGUAUGCCAGCUUUCCAGAAACACCGAAAGAGGAGGCUUCUCUCAGCGAUAGGCCCAAGACGAAUGCCAACUUUCCAGAAACACCGAAAGAGGAGGCUUCUCUCAACAAUAGGCCCAAGAAGUAUGCCUACUUUCCAGAAGCACCUCAGGAGGAGGCUUCUCUCAACAAUUGGCCCAAGACGUAUGCCAACUUUCCAGAAGCACCUCAGGAGGAGGCUUCUCUCAACAAUAGGCCCAAGACGUAUGCCAACUUUCCAGAAGCACCUCAGGAGGAGGCUUCUCUCAACAAUAGGCCCAAGACGUAUGCCAACUUUCCAGAAGCACCUCAGGAGGAGGCUUCUCUCAACAAUAGGCCCAAGACGUAUGCCAACUUUCCAGAAGCACCUCAGGAGGAGGCUUCUCUCAACAAUAGGCUCAAGACGUAUGCCAACUUUCCAGAAACACCGAAAGAGGAGGCUUCUCUCAGUGAUAGGCCCAAGACGUAUGCCAACUUUCCAGAAGCACCUCAGGAGGAGGCUUCUCUCAACAAUAGACUCAACACUUAUGCCAACUUUCAAGAAACACCGAAAGAGGAGGCUUCCUCCGCAAUUGGUAUGUGGGAGGUCCCCGAGCUUGGUGCCUCAAGUGGAAUAAACAGCGAGAAGCCCUAA